AUGUUCUCCAGAGGCGCUGCUUCCAUGCUGAGGGCGGCAUCGUCGUCGGCAUCGCAGCCGAUGGCGCGCCUGCCUGCCAGCACCACCGCCGUCCGCCAUCUCUCGUCAUCGAUCAGGGCCGCGCUGCCCAACUCGACCGACAAGCGCGAGCAGCCGCAGCAGGGGCAGCAGCAGCCGCUCGAGUCCGACUCGACCUCGGCGCUCGACUACAAGCUCGCACACAAGCUGCGCAAGCUGCCGCCGCUGCCGUCGCUCGAGCCUCCUUCGCUCGACGCACCGCAGGCGGUGUCCAACAUCCUCUACAACACGCCGCCGCCGUCCAAGGCGCCCUUCAAGCGUCACACGCUCAACUGCCUCGUUCAGAACGAGCCUGGUGUGCUGUCGCGCGUUGCGGGAACCCUUGCCGCGAGAGGCUUCAACAUCGAUUCGCUCGUCGUGUGCGGCACCGAGAUCCGCGAUCUGUCGCGCAUGUGCAUCGUGCUGCGUGGCCAGGACGGCGUGAUCGAGCAGGCUCGCAGGCAGCUCGAGGACCUCGUCCCUGUCUGGGCCGUGCUUGACUACACCAACACCAAGGUCAUCGAGCGCGAGCUCAUGCUCGUCAAGGUCUCCAUUCUCGGCCCCGAGUACUUUGAAGAGUCCCAACAGGCCUCCAGCCCCGCCAACACGCCUGAGCUCAUCGCCGAACGAGAGACCGAUGCCAGCAAGGCUGCCUCCGCCUCGGCCUCUUCGGGAGCAGCUCAGCAGGCCAUGACCCCGCUCACGCCAACCGAGGCGCUCCGUGUCAAGUCGGACAACAUGCGCUCCGUCAUUGCUUUCGCCGAGCAGUUCCGUGGCCGCGUCGUCGACGUCUCGUCCACAAGCGUCAUCGUCGAGAUGUCCGGCAAGAGCAGCCGAUGCGACGCCUUCCUCAAGCUCGUCCGUCCCUUUGGUAUCCUCGAAUGCGCGCGUUCCGGUACCAUGGUCCUGCCCCGCUCGCCCAUCCCUUCGUCCUACGCUGGUGCCGAAGACCUUACCGAGGAGGAGGUCGAGGCCAUCGACGCCGGUGCUCUGCCUCCUGGUUAG